CACUAGAACUUUUGGUACAGCUGGAAGCAAAUUUAGCCAGUACUACAAGUUCUCAUCUCAUGGUAUAGCUACAAAGCUUCAAUAAACUUCAUAGAAAUUUUGCUGUAAUUAGUGAUAAAAAGUUAUGCUAUGGGGGCCAUUAAUGCAGUAAGAUUGACACCUCUCAGUGUUCUUUCUGAUAGAAGAAAUGAACCAAGAAAAAUCCCAUCACACCCCAUUUCUUUCCCAUUCAAGAAUCUCUGUUCAGUAGAAAAUUUAUCAAGAAAAAUUCAAGGGGGUUUAGUACUUCUAUCAUCAGCACUAAGUACUACAGGCUUAGCUAAAGCAUUAACAUAUGAGGAGACACUUGAGCUAUCUACAACCAGUCCAGCUGCUGACUUUGAUGCAACUGCAGUUGCAGAAACUGUGACCACUUUUGCAUCAGAGAAUCCUAUAAUUAUAGCUGGUGGAUUUGCUGCUUUGGCUUUACCAAUAGUUCUGUUUCAGGUUCUUGGAAAGCCUAAGUCAUCAUUUGGUGUUGAGUCUGCCAAGACAGCUUAUGCAAAAUUGGCAGAAGAUGCAAGUGCACAGCUUCUUGAUAUAAGAGCACCUAGUGAAUUGAGGGAAGUUGGGAGUCCAGAUAUAAAGGGUUUGAAGAAGAAACCAGUUACAGUUGUUUAUAAGGGUGAAGAUAAGCCUGGGUUCUUGAAAAAGCUCGCUUUGAAGUUCAAGGAGCCAGAGAAUACUACAUUCUUCAUUCUAGACAAAUUUGAUGGGAACUCUGAACUGGUUGCGGAGCUAGUCACAGAAAAUGGAUUUAAAGCUGCUUAUGCAAUCAAAGAUGGUGCUGAAGGACCCCGGGGAUGGCUGAACAGUGGCCUUCCUUGGAUAGUUCCUAAGAAAACAUUGAGUCUUGAUCUGAGCAAUCUGUCCGAUGCUCUUGACGGUGUUCUUGGGGAAGGUUCUGAUGCUGUUACUGUAGGCUUAGGUGCUGCAGCAGCUGCUGGGCUAGGGCUUUUAGCCUUCACAGAGGUAGAAACGAUACUCCAACUGUUAGGCUCAGCUGCACUAGUCCAACUGGUUGGCAAGAAACUUCUGUUUGCAGAGGACAGAAAGCAGACUCUGAAACAAGUUGAUGAGUUUCUCACCACUAAGGUUGCUCCAAAGGAGCUGGUAGAUGAGAUUAAGCAAAUAGGGAAGGCUCUCCUUCCAGACUCUGUGAGUAGCAAAGCUCUACCUGCACCUGCAGAGGCAAGCCCCGCUGCAGCCACCAGCACUGUUGAGAAAACUGAAUCAGCUCCUAAGGAAGAUAUCGCCCCACCUAAAGUAGAAGCAACCUCCGAGCCUACCCCCGAAGUCAAUUCAGUCCCUAAUGCAGAAGUCAAAGCAGAUGCACUACCUGAAAGUUCAAGGCCACUUUCACCUUAUCCUAAUUAUCCUGAUCUCAAGCCUCCAACAUCGCCGAUGCCUUCACAACCAUAAAGCUGGACUUUCCGACUGCCAUAUAUCCAAGGCAUCAUAGCAGCCUACGUAUUCCAGUUUAGCUGAGAAUAAGCAUAGCUAGUUUUAUCCUAGUUUGUUAUGGAAGCUCCUUUAUGAAAUUUUGAAUAUUAUAUAACAUGCAUUUACACAGAAUUUCUGCAACACUAUGUCUUGUACUCCAUCUUUGUAGAAUAUUUUUUAUAUCAUGUAGAUAUAGAUCUUUAUCA